AUGGUUCUUAGCAAGCUAACAUCAGCACAACCUAAUAAUUCGUUUAAUGAAGAUUUAAAAAAAUGGGACAAUUAUUGUUUAGCUGAUCCUAUGUUUAAUAAAUCUGACCGGAUAGAUAUAGUGCUGGGAGCAGAUAUCCUUACCGAGAUAUUGCAGCCGGGUUUGAGAAAAUGGGGUAAAAUCUUAGGUCAAGAAACUUCCCUUGGUUGGAUAUUAUCUGGAGUUAUCAACACAAACAAUACAGUCAAAACUAUAAUAUCAGCAGUUACUUCAAACAUUGAGAGAUUUUGGGAAAUUGAAGAAGUUUGUGAAGCAUCUGAAAUAAAUGAAACUGAUAAAGAAUGUGAAAAUUGGUUUAAAUCAACAACAACGCUAAAUAAGGAAAACAGAUUUAUCGUAAAAUUACCAUUUAAAAAAGAAAACGAACUAGGAGACUCUAGGAAAAUGGCUAUGGCCAGGCUUUUGUGUUUGGAAAAAAGAUUUAAAAGAAACUCUAAGCUAAAAAAAGAAUAUAUCAAGUUCAUGAAGGAAUAUAUGGAAAUGGGUCACAUGCAGAAAGUUUCUUAA